GUGGCCGAGGGCGGGCGCGCGCCCACCGCACGCUCCGGGGUCGCCGGCGCAUGCGCGCGGGGUCGCCGGAACUGUACCUGCCGCUCGUCGGUGAAGCCCGCCUUUCGGGCUCGGCCCUGGCACCCAUGCUGGGCCGGCUGGGCGGGAGGUGGCUGCGGCCGCCGGCCGUCCUGCAGCCCGAGGCCCGGGGCCCGCACUUCGCUCCGGCCGCGACCGGCGGUGCCAGGCGCUCGGCUCUGCCAGCGUGGGCGGUGGCCUCCGUGUCUGCAGUUGACCCGGGCGGCGCGGGCGGCUGGUACGAGGCGCUGGCCGCUUCGGCGCCGGUGCACGGCGCGGAGGAGAUGCUGCUCGCCGCGCACGGCGUCACGGGCCUGCCCUGGUGGGGCAGCAUCCUCUUCACCACCGUGGCCCUGCGCGGCGCCGUCACGCUGCCCCUGGCGGCCUACCAGCACUACAUCCUGGCCAAGGUGGACAAUUUGCAACCAGAAAUACAAAAUAUUGCACAACACCUUAACCAUGAAGUUGCAAUUCGUGCAAAACAGUUGGGGUGGUCCAAAAGAGUUGCCAGGUUCACUUAUCUAAAGAAUAUGCAGAGGCUUGUUUCAGAGCUGUACAUUCGGGAUAAUUGCCACCCUUUCAAAGCCACAGUGUUGGUCUGGAUUCAGCUUCCAAUGUGGAUCUUUAUGUCUGUCGCUCUGCGGAAUUUUAGCACAGGAGCAACACAUUCAGAAGCAGGUUUUUCUGUCCAGGAGCAGUUAGCAACUGGUGGGGUCCUGUGGUUUCCUGACCUCACUGCACUGGAUUCCACUUGGAUUCUGCCUAUCUGCAUUGGUGCCAUCAAUUUAAUAAUAGUAGAGAUUGUUGCUCUACAAAAAAUUAGAAUGUCUCGUUUUCAGACGGGUGUUACCUACUUUGUACGGGGAAUAUCAGUGUUGAUGAUUCCAAUUGCUGCGACAGUACCUUCGAAAAAUCCUCAGACUGACAACAUGAGGGCCUUCAGGCCCUGAAAUGCCUCUGGUGGCUCCCAGUUAAGAAAUCUUAUUUGAAUGGAACAUACAUCAGCAGUGAAUUAUUUUGUGAUUUUUUUAGAAAAUGGACUUGAGAUACAUGGUGGUAGAGGAGUCCAUGCAUGCAAGAAAGUACCUAAUAUGGUAGGUGGUGUGGCUUCUUAACCACAUUCUGAAAGAAGACAGACAGUGUACAUUCCUUUUCCUAAGAUUUAAGAAGACUGAAAUACAAAGUAUGGAACUAAGUACUACUAGAGCAAAGUGAAACAUCUUAAGCUUAAGCUUGUUUAAUCAAAGGGGGGUAAACCAGAUGGGCUAUUGAUUUUGGAGCUGAUUUUAUAAACUUGUUUAUUUGGGAGGAUUAAGUACUCUAAUGGGUUUAAACAGUGGUAGAUGUUUGAUACAGGAAAAAUUGACAGGUAAUAUAAAUUGUGGACCCAGUAGUCUGCUUGUUUCACUCAUAAAGAUGAUGAAAUUAAUUCUGGUUGAGAUAUUUAGGAAUAAAUUUGACAGGAUUUGAGAAGAUUACAAAUUUUCAUUGAGUUGGAAUAUGAACCUGUUUCUGAGAUGCCCUAUCAUUCCAUCUUAUGUUUUACAAUAAAAACUAAAAUGAGCCCUAACCGGUUUGGCUCAGUGGAUAGAGCGUUGGCCUGUGGUCUGAAGGGUCCCAGGUUCAAUUCUGGUCAAGGGCAUGUACCUUGAUUGCGGGCACAUCCCCAGUAGGGGGUGUGCAGGAGACAGCUGAUAG